AUGCUUCACGAUCCUAAAUGCCGAUUUGACUACCCACUUGCCUCGGUCAGGCUCCACUACGCAGGUCUUGUCAGCCUCGAUUGUCCCUCCAGGACUUCUCCUAUAAAUACGAAGCUCAGGACUACAUUCAAAGGGCGCCGGAGAACCAUCUCUGUUAUCGUCUCACUCACCCCAUAUAUCAUACGACCGUCGCUCUCUGAGCAACGCGCCGGAGCACCGCCUAAAACCCGCCACCACUAA